GUACAACUUUUAGGAUGCUAACGGGAGAUGAAAUGUCUAAUAGUGGUAUAAUGUACUUAAAGCAAGCUGAAAUUCAUUCUAAUAGAUUCAAGUAUCUUUCUGAGAUGGGAUACUGUCCACAAACUGACGCUUUAAUACCCUCCUUAAACUCUUUUGAUCACUUACGAUUGUUCGCACGUCUUCGUGGUAUACCAAAGUCCAAC